CAUCGACAUAGGACCAUAUGUAAUAUAUGCUUUGAACACUAAAAAUGAUGAACAUGAAGCUGCCAUUCAAGCUCUUAAGGAUGCUCAUGAAGAAGAAAUCCAGCAAAUUCUUGCAGAAACAAGAGAGAAGAUCUUGCAGUAUAAGAGUAAAGUUGCAGAGGAAAUAGAUCUUAAGAGAAAGAUCCAGGUUUUGGAAGAGUCAUUGGAAGAUCAUAAAAAGAUGAAACAUCAAGCUUUGACAGAGUUUGAAGCUUACAAGGAUAGAGUUGAAGACAUGCAGUUAUGUGCAGAGGCCCAGCAUGUCCAGCGUGUAGUAACCAUGUCAAGAGAGGUAGAAGAGAUUAGAAAGAAGUUUGAGGAGAGGCUGCGUAGCUUCAUACAGUUGCAGGUACAGUAUGAGAGAGACAAACGCUCAGCUCUGGACGAUUUGAGAGCAGCACACAGACUAGAGAUCCAAGAGCUUCUGAAGACGCAACAGAAUCAAAAUGCUACUUUAAGUAAAGGGCAGGAGAAGCUAGAGGAGUUGCAUAGGCUGGAACUAGAAGAUUUAAACAGCAAAGUUGAAGAGCUAAGAUUGGAAAGGAAAAAACUCAUUGAGGACUAUGAAGGCAAACUCAGCAAAGCUCAGUCUUUUUAUGAACAUGAACUUGAUGCUUUGAAAAGAUCCCAACUCUUUACAGCUGAAAGCUUGCAUGUAUGUAAAGAAAAAGAAAUGGAGCUAAGAAAAGAGUUUCAAAACCAAGAAGCUAUUUUACGUAAAAACCUGGGAAAACUGAAGACUGAAUUGCAAAUGGUGCAGGAUGAAGCAGCUAGUUUACGAGAAAAAUGCCAAAAGCUUCAAGUAGCACUUGGUACAGCAGAAAACAAUGUUCAGGUUCUUCAAAAACAACUAGACGAUGUCAAGGAGGAAGAAAUAUCACUGUUAAGCAAGCACAAAGAGGUGGAAAGUGAGCUAGCAGCUGCUCGGGAACGCUUACAGCAGCAGGCCACCGAUCUUGUACUCAAAGCCAGCCAUAUUGGGAUGCUUCAAGCUACUCAAAUGACACAGGAAGUUACAAUAAGAGAUGUGGAAACAGAAAAAUCUAGAUUAAAAGAAAAGCUAUCUCAAUUGGAAGAGGAAAGGAAUCUGUUGCAAAGCAAAACACAGAGUCUGGAUGAGAGACAGAGACAGCAGGUUCUGGCACUGGAGAAGAAGGUAAGUGAAGCAAGGGAAUCGCAACGAGAAUACUAUGAGAAGGAGCUUAUAAAACUGCAAACAAGAUUGGAAGGAGAGGCUGCACAGUUAAAGGAGGCUCAUUCUAAGACCUUGGAAGAACUGGCAUGGAAGCAUCAUACUGCAAUUGAGGCUGCACACAGCAAUGCUAACAAGGAUAAGAAAAAGCUACAGAUAGAAAUGGAGCAGCAAUUUGAAAAGGAGAAACUGCAUCUGGAAGAAGAUAAGAAUCAGCUUCGACAGCAGUUGGAAAACCUGAGGGAAGAACUGACAACCAAGCUGACUUCAGCCAAUCAGGAGGUGUGUCUUCUACAAGAUCUAGUCAGAAAAAGUGAACAAGGCCUUGGUACUGCAGAAGGACAUAUCUCCAGUCUCCAGGAAGCCCAAGAAAUACUCCAGAAAGAACUAGAGUUAACCAGAGCAAGGCUGAGAGAGACAACGGAUUCUUUGUAUAAUGUUGAGGGGGAACUAGAACAGGAAAGACAGCAACAUGAGGCAAUGAUUGCUGCUAUGAGAGAAGAGGAAAAGUUCAAAGUUGACAGAAUGGCUCAUGAUUUGGAAAUAAAAUGGACAGAAAAUCUUCGACAGGAAUGUACUAAACUUCGUGAGGAGCUGAGGCUUCAGCAUGAAGAGGAUAAAAAGGCAGCCAUGACUCAGCUCUUGCAACUGAAAGAACGUGAAAAAAAUGCUGCCAGAGACGGAUGGCAAAAGAAAGUGGAAGAUCUUUUAGACCAGCGGCACUGUCUCGGUGAAGCUUUGCAUAAAUCUAUCAGCAAUAUCUCCUUGCUGAAACAGAAUCUGGAGAUGCAACUCUCGCAGUCGCAAAGCUCCUUACAACAGCUGCAGGUCCAGUUUAGUCAGGAACGGCAAAGGCUUACCCAAGAGCUCCAGGAACUGGAAGAAGAGCAUCAACAGAGGCACAAGUCCUUGCAGGAAGCACAUAUCCUUGCUUUUCAGAACAUGGAAGAAACAAAAGAGCAAGAACAAAAGGAACUAGAAGAACAUUUACAACAAAGGCAUGCAGAAGAACUUCAGACACUGAAAGAAACACAUAAGCAAGCCAUGGAAGGUUUCAAAUUAGAAAUGGAACAGGAACUUCAGACUCUUCGAUUUGAGCUGGAAGAUGAAGGAAAAGCUAUGCUAGCUUCCUUGCGCUCAGAGCUAAAUCAUCAACAUGCAGCAGCAAUUGACCAGCUAAGGCAUAAUCAUCAACAAGAAUUGGUAGCUGCUAAAAUGGAACUUGAAAGAAGCAUAGAGCUUGGAAGACGACAGGAAAAGGAAUUUUUAUGCCGAAUAUCAGAUCUACAGGAUGAGCUGAGACACCGAGAUCAUCAUAUAGCAGAACUGGAUAAAGAGAUUCUUAAUCUUCAUGAGAAUAUAAGUGCCCUGACCAAGGAACUGGAGUUUAAGGGGAAAGAAGUUCUUAGAAUACGCAGUGAAUCCAACCAACAGAUCAGGAUACAUGAGCAAGAUUUAAGCAAGAAACAUGAGAAAGAACUGGAUGUCUUGACAGCAGACUACAUCAGAGAGAAACAAAGCAUGCUGGCAGAUUUUAAUAAGACCCAAGAGCUGCUCAAGGAAAUGAAUUCAGCUUUACAAAUUUCUUUAGAAGAAAUGGAAGAAAAAUAUCAAAACAGAGAAUCAAGACCAGAAGAUUUACAGCUUAUUGCAGAAUUGAAAGAUCUGAUUGCAGAGAGAGAUCAACUCAUAAAAAAACUGAUUGAGGACAAAAAAUUCUAUCAACUGGAGCUGGUUAACAGAGAGACUAACUUCAACAAGGUCUUUAAUGCAAGCCCUAACGUUGGUGUUAUUAAUCCACUGGUGAAGCAAAAGAAGAAGAAUGAUAAGUCAACAAACAGGUUUGUGAGUGUUCCCAAUCUAAGUGCUCUGGAAUCUAGUGGAGUGGGCAAUGGACAUCCUAACCGCCUGGACCCCAUUCCUAAUUCACCCAUCCACGAUAUUGAGUUCAACAGCAGCAAACCACUUCCACAGCCAAUACCACCCAAAGAGCCCAAGACAUUUUUGAGCCCUCCUCAGACUGAAGCUUCACCAGUGGCUUCACCAGAUCCACAACGCCAGGAGUGGUUUGCUCGAUACUUCACAUUCUGAGAGAUAGUUUGUUUUUGUGGCACAGCGUGAUGUGGACUGUUUAUAAGAGCAUGACCUUAAAAAAAAUCCUUAUGUGAACAAGCUUUCCUGUAAUAUGUCAAACACUGUGAAUGAGAAAGUAUUUGUCUCUCUGAUUGAAAAUGCACUGUAUUUCAUGUGUUAUUUGUCGGAACCACUUGAUGGUACUAUAUAAUGUGAGUAAUUAUUCCUAUUAUUUUUAUUUAAAAUGAAAGAGUCUUUAAACUUUGUAAUUACUACAUAAUAAAUUUUGGUAGAACAAACUUAACGCUUUCCCCCUUUUUCCUAUGCAUAAGUGUCUUCUUCGGUUUCAGGUACCGUUUUUACCCCAAAGCUAUGUACUGCAUGAUUUCUAGAUAUCAAAAUAAGAUUUCAAUGGAAAAAAAAUUAGAAUAGGGCAAGGAAUGUUUAAUUCAUCCCAAUUUUAUUCUGUUAUUUUGUAGCAUUUUAAAAACUGUCCAUUCCAUAACUUUUUGAGUGGUGAAGCAUUUGAAAUCAGAACGAGUGUAAUUGCUAGCCUUCAAAGCUGAAUGAUUUUGACAAAAGCAUAACAAAAGGGAAAAUGCUUAAUGUUUCUUUUGAACUCUUGACCUACUACUCAUCAGACUUUACCUCUGAGUAAUAAUUGCAGUGUUUUAAUGUUCAAUAUCACCAGCAAUUCUUCUCACAAACUGUAUAAUUAUUUUAUAAUGAUCUGCAAAGGCAAAAUGAUUUUUUGAACACUUGGAAUACUAAACUAAGUAUCACUUAGAAAACCAAGAAUCUCAUUUUGAGGAUGUUCGCCCUCUGAAUAAAAUUCAUGCUUUUAACAAAAUAACCCUAAACCAAUUAUAUACACUACUGUAUGUAAAACUUUCAUUAAAAAGCAAUUUUAUUACAUUCACUCCAUUAAAGAAUUUUUUUUUACCCUUGUAAAAUCAAUCCAUGAAACACAAGAGUUUCAUAGAUUUCAUAGAUAUUAGGGGCUGGAAGGGACCUCAGGAGAGAGGUAGCAAGCCUGAUUCUUCAGUCUGUUACACGCAUCUGAUGCCAGCAUUCUCCCUUGAGAGAAAAUUGCUAUAAGAGAUUGGAGACUCUUAUUUACUGUCUUUAUUAUUUAUAAUUUUUGUUAAUUCACAGAUUACCACACAGUAAUUUACACUGGUAAUCUCAGGGAGAAAAUAGUCUCUUUGUGUUCAUGAAUGUACUUUACAUCUAAAUCUCUGUAUCUUUUAAAAGUGUCAAGGAACUGUUUGCUCUAUUAUUUAAAUAAGGUUUUAGUUGGCACAAACAAAAAAUAUAUCUUCAUUAUUCCCCCUAAAGCUCUAUUUCCCCUUAUGCAAAAGGUAAAUAUCCAGUUGAAGAUGCUCGAUAGUUACAAUAAGUUUUUUAUGUAGUAUAUGUAUAAAUGAAAAAUUUGUAUGUUUUCAUAUAAAUAAUAUAAAAUACUCUAAAUUAAAAUUUUAAAAAUGUUUCUCCUAUAACUCAUUUUGAAAAUUUCACAGAAGCCGCGCUCUGAUGAUGCUGCUAUAGUUUAAAGAAGUGAACAGCAGAUUCUCUGUAGUUGGUGAACUCAGCUGUAGGUAUAUGCAACUUUUUUAAUUGUAGAAGAAAGCCAUAUUGGGCAAAAUGUCAGAUUUCUUGGCUGUUACCCAAAAUAAAAUACACACAAGAUAAUUUUGAUACAUGUUCUGAUGCGAGUGUUGUGUCUUUUCUUCCCUGUCUUGCCACUGUUGUUAAAAGAGUACUGCAUCUUUGCUGGAUCAGCCCCCUUUUAAUUAGAGCAUUAAGUUCCAUAGCCAUAAGUUUUUGCUUGUGAAAUAUAUAGUUAUAAAUAACAAUUAAAAGAAAAUAAUCUUUCAUG